CACUUCCGGCUAAACCAUGUGCCAUAGACGAAUCAGGUGCGGAUUCUGUGUAAACAACUGCAAAGACUCCGCCAAAUUCAAACUGCCCCCACGUAUGCCGGCCUAGUCAUGAUGCGGAUCAUGAUGAGGAGACGGGUUUCUACUGGCGGAACAAAAAGCUCAGGAUUGUGUUUCAACGGACACAUUUCCAGACGGACUUGGAAGCGUUCACCGUGUUGAAAUCGGUUGAAACAUUAGGUAGGUAUAAUAAAGCUUCUAAGCUAAAAAAAGCAGAAAUGCCCAAAAAGAAAACCGGGGCCAGGAAAAAGGCCGAGAGCCGCAAAGAGCGUGAGAAACAGAGCCGAGCUAAUCGGGAGCAUGUUGAUGUGGCCAAGCAUCCCUGUAACUCCAACAUGGAAUGUGACAAAUGCCAGAGGAAACAGAAGAACAGAGCAUUCUGCUACUUUUGUAACUCGGUGCAGAAGCUUCCUGUCUGUGCUCAGUGUGGGAAAACCAAGUGCAUGAAGUCUUCAGAUUGUGUUAUCAAGCAUCCAGGGAUCCACACCACUGGAAUGGCCAUGGUGGGUGCAGUGUGUGACUUCUGUGAAGCCUGGGUUUGCCAUGGUAGGAAAUGCCUGAGCACCCACGCCUGCAUGUGUCCCCUGACUGACGCAGACUGCAUCGAGUGUGAGCGGGGAGUCUGGGACCAUGGUGGUCGGAUUUUCCGGUGCUCCUUCUGUCAAAACUUCCUAUGUGAGGAUGAUCAGUUUGAGCACCAGGCCAGUUGCCAAGUCCUUCAGGCAGAAACAUUCAAAUGUGUUUCCUGUAAUCGGCUGGGACAACAUUCCUGUCUGCGCUGCAAGGCUUGCUACUGCGAUGACCACGCCAAGAGUAAGGUCUUCAAACAGGAGAAGGGCAAAGCUCCGCCAUGUCCCAAGUGUGGCCACGAGACGCAGGAGACCAAAGACCUCAGCAUGUCCACACGCACCCUGAAGUUUGGACGCCAGGCCGGUGGCGAUGAUGACUACGACGAUGACUACGACAGCUAUGACGCCUACUGGAAGAAUGCGGCAGCUGAAGGAGGAGGCAAUCAGAACUAUGAUGAAGACGAGUAUGACGAAGAGGAUGAGGAUGAAGAGGAAGAUGAUGAGGACGAGGAGGAUGAGGAAGAGGAGGAGGACGACGACGAAACGCCUUCCGCGUCCCUGGGUGAGCUGAAGUUGGACGGGACUUCUACCUGAACUGAGUCCGUGUGGAUGGAAGCCCAGGUCCCGUAGAUCCCUCUGCUCCUCGGGGGAAUUUCACUCAUGAAGCGGCGUUUUCUGGAACAUCUACAGUCUAUGUUCUGUUACCCGUUGAUGUCCAGUAGGUUUGAGGAGCAUUUUUAUACCUUCUCCUUCCAGAGUUAAAAAAAUAAAGCAGAAAUUUUAACUCAACGAUUAAACAAAGUUGUGAAUCUAA